CUUGAAUUUACUGAUUCUAUCGAGUUCAAAAACACACCCCAUGCUAUUUAAGAAACUCUGUUUACCAUCGUCGCAAUUUCUCACACCCUCUUCUUUUCUACUACAUCACACGCUCCCUCUUCCUCACUUUCGCAAACCCAUCGACACUCUAUGCUCUUCUUUACCAUCAUACGCGUCUUCUCUCGUUAACAUCGUGAUACAGCUCUAAAUACACUCAACAUCGUAAGUUUCUUUCCUUCCUUUUUUUUUCGUUCGCGUCAUCUAUGCGACGCUUAUUUCUAUACGUCGAUCCAUCUUUCAUGUAUGCCCUCCUGUCGUCUCCUCUGAAAUUAAAUAAUCAGAUAUUCGACGCUACAUCGAGUAUCACCUAUAAAAUCUAUUGAAUUUAUCAUCGCUAUCUCAUCACCGUCCCUGUUACUCAACACGACACCGUCACAACCCAAGGUAUUCUAUUUCCUUUUCGAAUCGUCGUUCAUCUAUUGAUAAUAUUGGUUCUAUCCCUAUCUCGACGCUCUCUGUUUACAUCUUUUCAUGCUUCAAUUUUUAUAUCAUUUUUGCUAUGAUAAUUAACCAUCAGUAGCUUGACGUACAAUCAUGUCACCUGAUAGUGACGGGACCAUGAUGAACCAAGCUAGCAACACGGUGUCUCCUGGAACGAACACCCUAACCGUUCCUGCCAUGAAUGUCAAUACCCAUGACCAGGUGGUUAGUCAAGGUAACAACGGCGUGGCCUCGUGCGAGCCAGCAGUUACCUCGAACCGCCAAGAGGUAACCCGUACCAGCACCGAGAAGCCAGCUGCUCGUCGCCCACGCCGCAAGAAUAUGCUCAAGGAACUUGGAUCGGAGGAUGAAGUUCUCAAAGCACGAAUGGUCGCAACGGAGAAUGAGGACAUCUUUGAGAAGAAGGACGGUACAUACUCUGCCAUCCGACGAUCCACUAGACGACACGCCAUCGCCGCCACCGAGAGAACCUCCGUUCUCUACGCGACCGGUCGCAGCCAGCCACCUGCCACUCGCCGCCGUCGCAAGGUUGCCACACGCCGUGCCAAGGCCGUCCAGACCCAGACGAGCGCUACCCCCGCGGCGCGAGUUUUUGAGAAGAUCACGGACGACCGUGUGAUAAACGGCGUCUCUCAGCUCCAGGUCAAGUGGGUCGGCGUCCCCGAGGACCAGAGUACGUGGGAGGAUGGUGCCAGCCUUGCGGACUACGCUCAGGAGGUAUAUAACUAUUUCCAUGCCCGCUAUUAUCCUUCAAACUAGGCAAGGAAGUGAUGCGAUACAAUACUUCUUCUAUCUUAUCUUAGGGAACGAAUCACGAUUAUGAUUAACGCCAGUCAUGGAAUUUGGGCGGACGGUCUUUCGGUUUCUGGGAGGUUUUGUUAUGAGUUGAACGGUGUUUAAAGGUCUAAGGGACUAACGAUUCUCACGCACAUAUGAAUGCUUGAGCUGGAUGAUGGACAGGUUUCUUUCUUGUUUUAACCUUAAUACUCUUUUACCGGUUUUCUUUUCGCAAUUCUGUCUGCUAUAUGUUAAGCAGUACUGUUUUUCCCCGGACGCCUCAAUACAGGCUCAAGGGCUCAUCAUUGAGCCCUUCUUCAGGUAGCUUAUCAAAGCAUUACCCCUUAUUAUAGUGAAGCAGUGAAGGUGAAGAAGUGAAAUGUGGAUGUGUUGUCGUGU